AAGAAUCUCCCCCCUGUCUUCUUCAAUAACUGGACUGAAAAAUGGCGGCGUCCCUGUGCCGUGUCGGGAGCACCGUGGGUCAAACCCUCGCCAAAACCCGUAGUCCUAUUCUGCUGUCUCUCAGGCGAGGACAAGCCUCCAUUAGUUAUGCACAGAGCAUCGCAGGAGCCCCUGAAACCCAACUUACUACCCUGGAAAAUGGUUUGAAGGUUGCUUCAGAGGAGACUGGACAUGCCACAUGCACUGUUGGGCUGUGGAUCAAUGCUGGUAGUCGCUAUGAGAGGGAGAAGAACAAUGGAACAGGCUUCUUCCUGGAGCACCUGGCUUUCAAGGGAACAAAGAAAUACCCCCAGACAGCUUUGGAGCAGGAGGUGGAGUCCAUGGGUGCUCACCUGAGCUCCUACACAUCUCGGGAGCACACAGCAUAUUACAUGAAGGCUCUGGCCAAGGACCUGCCCAAAGCCGUGGAGUUGCUGUCAGAGGUGGUGCAGGGCUGCUCACUGAACGAGGCAGAGAUCGAGCAGCAGAGGAAGGUGGUGCUGCGUGAGCUGGAGGAAGCUGAGGGAAACCUGCAGGACGUUUGUCUGGACCUGCUGCACUCCACGGCCUUCCAGGGAACUUCACUGGGACACAGUGUGCUGGGACCCUCUGAAAAUGCCAAGAAUUUGACCCGUCAGGACCUAGUUGAUUACGUCAACAGCCACUACAAGGCCCCACGCAUGGUGCUGGCUGCUGCUGGAGGUGUGAACCACGAUGAGCUGGUCGGUUUGGCCCAGUCUCACUUCAGUGGGGUUUCCUUUGAGUACGAGGACGAUGCUGUCCCUGUGCUGCCACCCUGCAGAUAUACAGGCAGCGAGAUCCGUAUGCGUGAUGAUGCUAUCCCUCUGGCACAUGUUGCCAUCGCUGUGGAGGGGGCGAGUGCUGCUAGCCCAGACAUCGUCACUCUCAUGGUGGCCAACUCCAUCAUCGGCAGCUAUGACCUCACCUUCGGCGGUGGACCGCAUCUCAGCAGCCGCCUCGCUCGCAUGGCAGUGGAGCACAACCUGUGUCACAGCUUCCAGGCCUUUCACUCCUCCUACAGCGACACGGGUCUGUUCGGAGUUUACUUUGUCGCUGAUAAAAUGCACAUCGAAGACAUGGUUCACUGGACCCAGAACGCCUGGAUCAACCUGUGCACCACAGUGACGGAGAGCGACGUCGCCAGAGGCAAGAUCGCUCUGAAGGCCAGUCUGGUUGGACAGCUCAACGGAACGACACCAAUUUGUGACGACAUCGGCAGACACAUCCUGAACUACGGCAGACGUAUUCCUCUGGCUGAGUGGGACGCUCGCAUCGAUGCGGUGACCCCCAGCAUGGUGCGCGACAUCUGCUCUAAAUACAUCUACGACAAAUGUCUCGCCGUAGCAGCUGUCGGUCCCGUCGAGCAGGUCCCAGACUACAACAGAAUGCGCAGUGCCAUGUACUGGCUCAGGUUUUAAGACAUCCAGUGGUUUUGCUGUGUGUGUGUGUGUGUGUCCAACAUUUGCCGCUCAUCCUCCUCCCAAAACUUAACUCACUCUCCUCCUGUCGUCACUGUGAGAGUGAACACAUGAGGAUUGUCCACCCUCUGUCCACUCACACAGGUCCUCAUCAGAGGGGGAGGCUGGGGGGGUGAGAGGGAGAGAGAGGGUGGAUUGGAAUUAAAAUCAUCAUCGACACAAUACAGCCCAUAUUGCACACAGCUCGGAGUAUAUUUAUAAUUUGUGUAACAUUUGUUUCUGUCCUCUAUUGUACAUAACAGAAGCUCUCAUUCCAGCAAAAUAAAAGACUGUAAGAAAAAAGUUACUUAUUUCAUUUUCAAGUUAUGGUCUUAUAGCAGCAAAAUAUUGACCAUUAAUAUAAUAAUAAAUAGCAUAUAACAGGCAUUAAUAAGAAUAUAUACAGCAUGAGUUUGAUAUUUUUUGUUCAGUGUUAACAUCAUAAAAGACCGCACAUAUUAAAGUGGAAUUAAAAACGGUUUUAGCUCGCAGGUUAGCAUUAUAACUUUAGAGAAACAAUGAGUCAUUUCAAAUGGAAGCAAAAAACAAUGAGUACAAUUAUGAAGUUGAAAUCCAGAACAGUUUCAUUGGCCGACUCUGUCGUCCAAAUACUAGAAUUGAACGAUGGUAUUUCAGUUACCUAGUGUUCUCAGUGUGGACAAAAAUAAUAAUUGAACAAAAUAGAAGAAGCAGCUGAACUUCCCUCACCAUUUCAGACAUUUAAGACCUGUGACAGUUGUGUUCUGUCACUAGUUCUCAGUUAUUUCACAGCCAAGGAACCCCGGAACAAUUAAAGGAAAUAUUAAAUAUUAA